ACAAACAACAGUUCACACACAACCGACUCAUUCACUGCAAAAAAAUCUUCUUUUUUUGCAACCCUUUUCAAAUUUUCCACUACCCUUUAUAACCAACUAACUCCUCAAUUCAACACAUCACAACAAUCCCUUAUUCUCUGCAUUUUUCAUCAUCAUGGCAACAAAGUUUUCACUCAUUCUCUGCAUUUUUGCAAUCUGGGCCAUUGAUUUUACAAACUGUGCUUCAUCAUCACACAAUGCUCCAUCACCCUCUGUUGAUUGUAAUUCCCUUGUUAUCAACAUGGCUACUUGUUUGUCAUUUGUUUCAAACGACAGUACCAUAAGCAAACCAGAUGAAGGAUGCUGUGAUGGUUUGAAAACUGUUCUGAAAACUGCUCCUUCUUGUCUCUGUGAGGCUUUCAAAAACAGUGCUUCGUUUGGUGUUGUUUUGAAUGUUACUAAGGCUUUGACUCUUCCUUCUGUUUGCAAAGUCACUGCUCCUCCUCUCUCUAAUUGUGGAUUGUCUGAUGUCCCUGCUGCUGCUCCUGGUGUAAGCCUCUCCCCAGGAUCUUCUCCAUCUACUGUAGCACCAGGUGUGGACACUCCUACAUCAACAGAACCGGCAGCUGGACCGACUGGCAAGAGCAAGAGCGCAGCAUCAGCAUUGCUACCUAUUUCAGCUGGAUCUCUUCUGGUUUUCCUUUUAUCUGUAUUCUCAGGUCUUUGAGCCACCAUACCAUGCCUAGUUUCAUUUUGAGAGUAGGAAGAUUAUGGCAUGAGGGAUAUCAUUUUGAAUUUUGAUGUUUUGAGUUUUAUUACCACUAGAGCUAUUAUCAUUCUGUGUGUGACAUGAAUUUGGAUAAAAUUCAUUGUGUGAAUUGAACCUACAUAGUCAUAUAUGUAUAUUUAUUUAUUUAUUUAUUAUUAUUAUUAUUAUUAUUAUUAUUA